GGACGCAGCACUGCAGUGAAGGUGGCACGGAACACCCGGUGGCAUCAGCAUGUCGCUGAGCUGGGACUUGAGGGAAACACUGUUCAGGUGCUUGCGGAAAAUCCAAACGAGUUUGUGCAGCGUUUGGGGAGCAAUAAUGCUGUGCAUAAGAAGAUGGAUGAACUCUACCCUGGGUUUUUUGACCGAACCGACCAGCUCCCCCUUGCUCCGGCCCAGGGUGAUUGGGUGUAUGAGCUCAACCCCUCUAUUCCGCUGCCUCGCACCUGGCUCAGUGGCUGCCCAGCGUUCCGCAUCCACCAUGGUUUCACCCCGUCAGCCCGUGUCCUGCAACUCCUGGAUGAGUUCUUCGCAACCAAACCUUGACACCAGCUCCAUUCGCACCCGGUCCACCUGCCCAGCAUUGUACCUUGGUGUCUGGCAUCGCUCCAACAGUGUCCCAUUUGUCACUGCAGAUAGCAGGCAGCAGAAGCAAACAACACGGCGAGCAAUGGUGCGGCUCAUGUUUGCGGUGAAUCAGGAGGUAGGUCCGCGCGUGCUCCAGCUGCUGGGAGCGCGGUACCCAGACGUGGCCAGGGAGCGGCAAGAAAUUAUUGAGCAUACAUGGACACACCCCAAUCUUUGGGACAAACCAGACCUUGCUGGUUGUCAUCACUACCUCUGGCAGGUAGCUUGGACCACCUUGGCUGUCCGAUGUGGCAGCGGAAAUGUGGUGCACAUCAAUGUGAAGGAUGACCUGCACCAAUUCACAGUCCUCUUCACAUAUGGUUCCUACACUAUGGGCUACUUCAUCAUCCCACAGCUGAACAUUUGCAUUCCCCUCCAGCCAGGACAGCUUCUCUUUGUCAAGACAUGUUAUCUUGUGCACUAUGUGUCCCAUUUUGAGGGGGUGUCAUAUGUGUUCACUGGCUUUAUGGAUGGCCAGCUAUGCAAUGACUACUGGGCAUGGAGGGAUAGCCAGUAG